CCGCCUCGGCUCGCCUCGCCGCCAGCCGCUCCUCCGCCGUCGGAUCGCCGGAGCCCGCCCUCAUCCGGCCGUCCGUCCGGCAAUAAAUGCGGCUUCCUCCACCCCACCCCCCAGCGACCUUCCGAAAAAGGCAAGCGACGCGCGCCGCGGCACUGGCUGGCCCCACGCUGAGCUGAGUGGGAUCGCUCGCUCGCUUGCUCUCCUCCUCCCCCCAUGGCGGAGAGGAAGAGGCGGAGGCGGGCGGGCGGGGAGGCGGAGGCGGAGGAGUGGGAGAGGCGGAAGAGGGGGAGGAGGAGGGGGAGGGGAGGGGGAGGAAGGGACCCCGUGGAGGUUCUCGGGGAGGAGGUGAUGGGGCGGGUGAUGGAGCUCCUGGACGCACGCAGCGUGGCACGAUGCACCGCGGUGUCCCGCGCCUGGCGCGGGGUCGCCGCCGACGACCGCCUCUGGGCACCCAAGUGUGCAGAAAUGUUGGCGGGAAAGGCACAUAUUCCUCUUUUGACUAUGAUACCCACUGCAUCAAGGUUAUCAACCUAUUCAAUGGCCAUCAUGGAUGGCAAACGGACUAGGAUCACAAAAGAGGACCUCUGCGAUCAUGAUUGGGAAUUCCGCUUCACUAUAGCAGCGCCAGAAUACUGGAGAAACCUUGAUCCGUCAUGGAAACAUACUGGUCCACCGAUGCGACGGUACUUCCACCCUGAUGGUUACCACAGCGCAGAUCCUCAUGAUGCUGUAUGGGGUGGCCAUGAGUGCACGUACACGAUCAUAACAAGCUUUGCUGGCGAUGGGCAGAUCAGGGAUCAUUACGUGAGGAUCAAUCGGUGGCCGCCGAUGAAGGUGUCGAGGAAGGAGGAUUGGAGCUGGGAGCUGUCCAACCAUCUCUACCGCUACAACAGCGUCCCCGACGGUAACAAGGGAUGUACAGGCCCUCUGUUCCCAGUUUGGUGAAAUUCACACUCCUACGGUAGCAGUAACCAUAACCAGUAGUAAUCGUAGUGUUGCUAUCGCCAGCUCGUAGAAACAGGCCUAGGAUUGCUCCUGACCCUGAUGAACCGUGAUAGCAAGAGGCUUUUGUCUGGAUGCUAUAUAUGAGCUAUGAACAUCGGUGGACUUUUAAGCUUUAGUUUCAUGGUCUGUAACAUAGUAGGACAUGCGUACCGUAUGUGUAAGGUGGUAGUUAUUUUGUUAAAUUCGAGGGCCUGUAACCUAUCCUCAACCUUUGGAUGGCUCAUGGCUGGACGUCGUAUGGUGAACGGUAAACUAUUGUGCUGUUACGUAUGCAACGAACUGCAUGACUCAUACUUCUGCUCCUGAGAAAUUUCAGAUGAACUCUAAUGGAUGCAACUUGAGUUCUUCUAUGCAUGGCAGCUGAAUGCUUCGAAGUGGAACUUCAUUUCUGUGCUAAUCGAAC